AGGUGCACGCAUCUUCGUUCCCAAAUACCCAAGUUCAUUUUUUGUGUAAAGGUCCCUAAUCCAUUCCAAUAGGAUCAUAGUAUCGGUUAAGACCUUGCAGGGGGUGAACGUUGAUCGGUUUGCUUGGUUGUCGUUGGCAAGUGCAAUGUGUCCGGACAGAAGUGCAUGGAUGUGCGUGGUGCUCGGGUUAGUCCUGGUGACGUCAUCAGAGGCUUUCUUCUUGAAGUGGGGCUCCGACUCCAGACAGGCGUCAGCGCAGAAAACGUGGAUGCAGCCAAUAUCGCAAAAUAUACCAUCUUCAUAUCGGUACCAGCAGUACAUGUACUCGCCUUAUGAGUCUCGGAAAGUCUACCAAAUCCAGGCCCCUCACCCACAGUACUCACAACCAGAGGUGCCUAUUCAGCAGAGUAUGGCUCCUAUACCCAUUUCAGUCCCCGCCGGUGCCAGCUUAACCCCUGUCUCUCUUCAACACGUACAACUUGUCCCUUGUAUGUGUCCCGUUGCUCCAGAAGAAGCAGAGAAAUUACAAGAGCAAGUCGGUCCCGGCCCCUACUUGGCACAGACAUACACACAGUCCACUUACGUCCCCCAACAAGUCACGGUGGCCGCGGACAACAAGGUAGCACCAAAAUCUUAAUAAAAUUGUAACAGAAUUUUUAAGAAAUCCCACCAAAACGUACUCUUUUAUGUGUAAUUUAUUUCUUUCCAUUUUAUUUAUA